AUGUUGUCGAUGUUGCGAAUUAUCUCAAGAUACAACAACAACAACGUCAACAACAGCAUCGGCAACAUCAACAACAACAGCAACAACAACAACAACAACAACUACAUCAACAACUACAACAACAAAUGGUUCCGUCAAGCAGCAGUUCAGGAGAGUUGGGUGGUGAUAAAAUCCCAAAACGUUCAACACAUCGGAGUUUACGUCCUAUUAAGGAUCUUUGAUAUCGAACCGGAAACGAAAGAUACAUUUAAGGCAUUUCGCGGUCAAACAAUGGAGCAACUAUUACAGAAUAGCAUGUUCAAAAGCCAUGCCAUAAGAAAAAAACUUAGUGGAGCUGAAUACAGAAGAAUUGCUAAAGAAAAACGAAAAAAAGAAAGCGAUGUGCUUUCACUAACGCCAAAAUUAGAAACGUUAUUCAACAAAUCUAAUGUUAAUGUUAGUAUUAUAGUGAAUAGUGAUAAAGAGGGCUCAAAAGAAAAAUCAGAAAAGAGACCAAGAAUGAAAAAAAAAAUGGCUGAUGAAUUGUGCAAUGAUGAAGCUUUGACAAGUGUUGAAAAUAUGUACCAAGUGACUACGUUAGAAAUCAUUGACAGAGUGAUUACAGAACUUAGUGACAGAUUUGAAUCUUUGAAUAAUGUAAACAGUAUGUUUGGGUUUUUGAGUGGUGUUAAAAUUGAAGAAAUGCAGACAGCAGAUCUAUAA